AUGUACCAAACUGUGGGGCAUUCAGUCAUCCCCCUCUACGAGCAAGCACUAGGUAUACCCCUCUACCGGCAAGAAAUCAUCGGAAAUGCAGUAAACUCGGAACGAGACUACUCCACACCACGGUCCCAGCAAGAGCAGGAUGAAACAGAAGAUCUAGUGCCGCUGCUGAAGAAGGCGAUGCUUGCGCAUCCCGAGGCGAACGCAGUGUCUACAGGCGCGAUUCUAAGCACGUACCAGCGCACGAGAGUCGAGUCUGUAGCGAUCAGGCUAGGGUUGACGCCGCUGUCGUAUUUGUGGCAGUAUCCACUGCUGCCGCCGUACUCGCAGUCGCAGCUGUUGCAUGAUAUGGCGGCUGUUGGGCAGGAGGCGAUCAUCAUCAAGACGGCGUCUGGUGGUCUGGAUGAGAGGAUUCUGGGCUGGAAUAUCGCUGUGCAGAGUACAAUUACGAAGCUGCAGAAGGCUAUGGCGAGGUUUGGGGAGGAGAGUAAUGGUGCUGUUCUGGGUGAGGGUGGGGAGUUUGAGACGCUGGCGCUGGAUGGGCCGAAGCCGCUUUGGAAGAAGAAGAUUAGGAUUGAGCCGGGGGCGGCGGGCGUUAGUGAGGGCGGGCAGUCGGUGUUGAAGAUGAGGGCAAGUGAGCUGGAGGAGAAGGGUGAGGAGAGCGAUGAGAGGAGUGGAGCGUUGAGGAUUCCGGACAUGUUUGAUGAUGAGUUCAAGAGGGUGUUGGAUGAGCAGGAGAACAGUAACGACACACGAUCAUUCAUCUCAGAUGACGCGACACUCCUGAGCGAGCCUGUCGCUAAGACAUCAUCGACAUUCGACGACCUUUCUAGAAACGCAUCUACCGACACACCUACAGUGUUCACGUACUCCAACCUCUCCGAUACAUCACGCUCCUCCACCCCGAGUUCACCUUCGCCUUCGCGGCAACUGACAAAGAUUCUCCUGCGCCUCAACCAUGUCCUCAAGCAAUGGAACCUGUCACGCGCCGGCAUCAAUCACUGCACACUCCUCCUGCGCUCAAUGUCUGACUUCACUGUCCUCAACCCGGUCUACGGACAGUACUUCUCCGGCGUGAAUCCACCCGCGCGCGUCACCAUCUCAGUCGGCGACUCCAUGCCGGAAGGCAUCGACGUCAUGCUCAGCAUCGUCAUCGACAAAGACGCCAAAGACCGCAAAGGCAAGGUCGUACGCUCCGUUUCGCGGCAAGGUCUGCAUGUCCAAGGCAGGAGUUACUGGGCGCCUGCAAACAUCGGUCCUUACAGCCAGGCUAUCUCUGUCCGACUGCCCUGGGAGCCCAGUCAGUCCGAAGCCAGUAGUGGAGAGGUAGUCUACGUAGCAGGCCAGAUUCCUCUCAUCCCGGCAUCUAUGGCCGUCUACACCGAGCGCGGUUUCAAAGGCCAAGCUACACUCUCCCUCCAACACCUCUGGCGUAUCGGGCGCGCGAAGGGCGUGCGAUGGUGGACAGGCGCCGUGGGCUUCAUUCCCUCUGGUGAGAACCCAGAAGAAAAAGUCAAAAUCGCACAAGCGGCGUGGCGAGCAAUCCACAGCCCCUCUUCAAAACGGCCAGACGGCGACGAAGACGAAGACGAAGACAAUGAAGAUAAUGCCUUGGAUAUAGACCCCUGGGACCGCCGCAACACCCACACCGCCCUCUUCAACGACACCACCCACCGCCCACCUAUCCCCGAUCUCUCCGCUCUCACAACCACCCACGCCACACCCGACCCCUCACAACUCCCCAUACCGCCCUGUUUCGUGGUCCAGGUCGAAUCGCUCCCGCGCGACGUGGAUAUCGAGUGGAGCGCCACAGGCCUCACCAGCCCAUCAAUCUCUUUCAGCCGCAGCCCGUUGGCGCCGCUGAGUAUCACACAUCCGACAAAUGGGUCGAGUCGGUUCUACACGCUUGAGGUCCGGUCGGCGGAGGGUACAGAUGUGCUGAGGCAUUUGGGACAGGAGAGUGUCCAGGAUUGGACGAGCGCGACGCUGUAUGCUGGGCCGGGAUUUGGGUACGAGGACCAUGCAAAGUUUAGUCUGAGGGGGGUGCAGUGGGUGCCUUGCAAGCGUGUGUGGGGUGAGGGAGGGCGAGAGUGCGCUGCGGUGCUGGUUGGGAGGUGUGAUGGUGGGGGUGGAGACGGGGGGCAUGGGUGGCUUGGUGAAAGGGCUGAAGCUUGCGGGACGCGAGGUGAGGGAUGCGCUGGAGAGGAGUUAGGAGCAAGGGAAAGACGGCAGGGGAGGUGA